AUUAGAACUCAAGCUGCUGCUGACUCUUCAUCUUUGAAUCAAUCCAAAGGAGCUUCUAGAAGAAAGAAAUGGCUUCAAUUUUAUCAGCACUACUCCUUUGUCUAUUUCUUCAGCAUGCAUCAGCUCACUCUCACACCCCUUGCAUGAUAGAAAAUGCUAUGAUGGGAGGCUCAUUCAAUAUAAUGAUUUAUCCAAAAUACCUCAUGCCCAACGAGAAGUACAACGUCACUGUGAAUGGAACUGCAACCAAUGUGAUGGUAGCCCUCUCAGCUUCUUAUAAUGGCAGCAGCAUUGGGAACUGGACAGGAAAUGCUAAUACCUGCCAAGGAAUUUUAGGGACCAGGAACCUAUCAUUCACUGAAAUGUGGAUGUCACCUGAAAGCAUGAUGGACGCACAUAACUACAUUUUAUUCAAAGUCUUUAUCAAAAUGUCUGAUAAUAUGACAUAUGUCAUGAACAAAACUCUCAAAUCAGCUCCGACAAGCAGUUCUACACCAACUAUGAAAACUCCAACUCCUGACAGAAUGACCCCAACUCCAUACAACAUGACUACAACUCCGUACAACAUGACCACAACUCCACGCAACAUGCCUACAACUACGUACGCCAUGACCAGAACAACUGGGAAUUCAGCAAGUGCCAUUACCUUCAAGUCACUGAAUGGAAUUAUUAGCACGUUCUUGCUCUUUGUUACAGUCCGAGAAUUGCUGUCAUAAAAGGUUUGAAAUGUUGGCCUUCACACUUCCUAACAAUACGGCUUGUCAAUAGCAUUUACAACCAGAUAGGCUAUCAAUCCAUUCUGAUUCACCUUUCUAUACAAAAAUACAGAAGCCCUUUCUUUUGCAAUGUCAAUCUUGAGCCACCAAAAUUGGGAAAUAUGUUUUGUAAGAACAUUUGCUUUCCUUAAGUAAAGAAGUUCGAACAUUUGCUGCAAUCCCAAAUAUUGUCUUUUGCUUCUCAUUAUCUCAAGUCCUAGCUAGUGCCUGAAUCGAUUAAGUUUAGUGACUCACCUUCUACUCUUUACUGUACUUCUGUGCAAGGGUGUAAGUAAUACUCUUGUUCUUUAUUGAGAUGAAAUUUAUUUGAAAUAUAAACCCCUUUAGAAUACAUGGCCAAUUCUUCAAAACUAUAAUGAGUUGACUAAUAAUCUUUAGCUUAUUUUAGUUUUCAUUCGUUAUUAAAUUGCCACUCCUUUUGAUCCAUUUUUAUCAUUAUUUUCUUUGGUAUUUGUGUCUUCACUGUCAGAAAAUGAAUAUUCAACACCUUCAAUGUAGAGGUGCUAUCAAAAUGUCUCAGAUAUUUUGGGCCAACUGUUCACUUGCUUGACGUUUUUUACUGUAGCUUUGACAAGCAGUUGCACUGAAGGCCUUAACCAACUAGCUAGACUAAUUUUAGCUUCAAGCACAUGCAGGAAAUGUCUCAACAAUGGAAUAUUUACAAUUUUAAGAUAAGCAUAUAAUUAGUUUCAGUUUCUUUAGGAUCUUAUUCUAUCCUGCAGAUUAUUAAUAAAGAUCUAAUGGAUUCACAGUGCAAUAAUGUUCUAUAACCCACUGGAUAAUUUCAUAAUAUCAACGGAUUACAUGGAUGGGAUUUAUUAUUGUAAUGUCAUUGUUGUUUAGUGGAUAUAAAUAAUGACCACAUUUGUUUCCAUCCAUUUUUCAAAGAUGAACUUCAAAGUUUAUCAAAAUGAUCAAUAAAAGCACAGUGCCGUUUUGUUUCUGGACAAUUAAAAUAUCAUGGGAUUGCUGAUGUUCAGAAAAUUUCAGGGAAAGAAAAUCCAACAACUGUGCAAUUGGCAAUCAUUUAGUUUCAUCUUGUUCCCCUUAAUCUUAUGUACUCUAAAGUACAAAUCUUUUAGAAAAGUUCCAGUAACCAACUCAAUUAGUGGACAUGCUAGUUCUGUUUUUGGUGUAGCACUGUUUCACUAGUAACAUAAGCUUAAAAAUCAAAUCACUGUACAAAGAUUUAACAUCUGCCUGCCAAAUUCUGGCACUUAAUACUUGAAAUGAGUUCUCAGUCCACUUAGUUUAAGGGGGUUCAUUGCACAAUUAAAAUAGUACAGAGAAGAUUUUGAUACUUGUAGGAUAAAAGCUCACUGAUAAUGUUGCUUUUUAUAACUUCCAGUCUAAUCAUUCACCGUAGUUACCAAACUAUCAUCCUACUUGCAGUUAUUCAAAGCAACAAUCCUGGCACUUUAUUCCCUGACUCCAGAAUUAAAUGGUUUUCAAUCACAAAAGGGGUAAUUGAUCCUAAGUCUUAAUUAUUGAUCAUUGUUUUGAUUUCAUCUUUUCCAUAUUUAACUACAUCUCCAUUUUAUUGUUUUACUUUAAUUAAACAUUUAUCGAUUCUCUAUUGGUAUUUUAUGUAUGAAGUAAAUUGCAUAUUUCUAGACAAUUCAGGCAUGAUACCAUGAGCAAAACUCUUUUGUAUCCCUAUCCAGUUUAUGAAGACCUGCAGCACGAGUUUGCAAGCCUGAUAAUGUCCUAAAAUGAAGUAUGUUUUCACUGGUGUGGUGUCUAAAGAUAAUGCCAAGGUAGAAAAUCACUGCUAGAAAUGUGUUGGGCUGUUUAUAAAUACACUGAAAUUAUUUACACAAAUAAUGUUACUUUCUUUAAUAAAAGGUGAACUUGACCUUUAUAA